CUGAUCGUCGUUCCACUGCUUCGACAGCUGCACUCUUCGCUCUCUGCCGUGAACCUAAUCCACCUGUACCCUGCCAUUCCAUCUCCAAAUCUUCUCUCUCUCUCUCACUUGGAACUCGGACAUCCUCACUUCGCCCACUCCUCACCUUCGACUUCGACUUCGACUUCGACUUCGACUUCAUCGACUUCGCGACAUCUUAUUUUUAUCUCCACUUCAAUGCAUCCUUACCCAGACGCAUUGUAUAUGUCCGUCUCCCCCCUCUCUUCCCGCGCGCAUAAUGUAAUUACCUGAACAAACGAGGUCCAUCGCCAUCCCCUCUACCUACCCUCCACCCUCCACCCUCCCACACACGCGAUCGCGAAACCAUUCACGUAGACAACCCGCGACUUCAACCAAUUCCAUUCCCGCUCUCCUCCACCGCCAAUUCACUAUUCACUAUUCACGAUCCCGAUCCCCACGCGAGGCCUUCACUACCACGUACAAGCGAACCAAACAUCCGAGCGUUGGGAAUAGCUGAUUCACCCUCCAUUGGCACCUGCCACCAGCUGGUACGCGACACCCUCACCAACUCACUUCACCGCCAACCACUUCACCUGGGGUCCUUCUUGCAUUUCACCCCACCACCAUCACUCCUCCAACCUAUGUCUUUGUAUCCACUUCAACACGUUCUACCAGUUGCCCAGGUCCCAGCUUCUCCGGUGUAAGAGUUAUACAAACAAGACUUGGUCCACAAUACCAGCCUUCACAUUGACUUGCAAAUCCUCAAAACAGACGUCGAAAUCAAAGAAUAUGGAGGAUAGUAGCCAGGGCUCACAUAGGAGUAGAUUGCUACGACCAGAAUCUAGUUCCUCAAACCACACCAGAAUGACGCCCGCCAGUAGCAGCAAUGGCUCCUCUGCCCAUCUCCCGACUCGAAUGAAUCCCAAUUCCAGUGGCAGAACCACUCCUUCUGGCGGCGCAAGUUUGUUACAAGAGAGAUUGAGAGAUCGAAAGGUCGAGGCUUCCAGGAGUUUACGGAGGGGCAGUGUGGACUCGCACCACCUGAGAGAUCGAGAAGUUCAGAGUUCCCCCAUCACUAGAGAAGACAAGAGACCAAGUUCUGGUGGAGUCAAAGCAUUGGGAGUCAAGUCCAUGGAAGAGGUAAGCUUAAACCCAUGGCUAUUAUAACUAGGUGUCUAAUAAUGUCUAGCAAGCUUCAACCUUACAUAAACAGAACUUUGACUUGAAAUUGGAACUCUACCAUCGCCGCCAAAAACAAGAAGAUCUUGAAAAUAGAUUGGAGGCUGCGGAAAAAAGGAUUGAGCAACAGGCGGAAACGGAAGAAAUCAAUGAUCAACUGGUGGCCGAGAUGGAGAAGCUGAUUGCAGAGUUGGAAACCAGGGAACAAGCAUUGGAAGAGGCGGUCACCGUCAUCGUACGUUUGGAGGACGAGGUCGAACAACUGAAGAAGGAAAGAGAACGUGUACAAUCUAUUGAAGCCGACUACCAGUCUACCUACUUUCGACUCAGCCAUAAAGGUGAUUAUCCCAGCUCUCCUCCGGAAUUUGACGAUCGGAAAACUACUCGGUCAGGCAAUUCAGUCCCUCGAAUGCCCUCAUUUCUAUCCGAGAAGAGCGAGGGUACUGAAGCUUUGAGAAGCCUCUACCUCCCAACAUCUAAACGCAACUUUAGCGAAGCCACGUUAGCUCCAGGUGCAGAUGUAACACCAGCAAACGGCAUGGAUAGCCCACGUCUUAGUAUGUUGAGUGAAAGUUCCUUCGUUAGCGUCUAUGGUGAGAAAUCAAUGCAACUGGACAACGGCCCGCAUCGACCAGAGUCGCCAUCACCUCCAAGACGACAUCGCGCCAAUAGAUCGUCAGUCGAGAAAUGGAUCGACGAAAGGCCUGCGACGGUUGUUCCAGCAAGACAGGUGUCUCGUAGUGGACUGCAAAAGAGCCAAUAUAAAUCCAUAAACAGCAUGAUGGAGCAGCUCGAUUCGCCAUUACAACGUUUGGAAAAGUUGAAAUAUACCUUGAACAAGCACAACAGCUCUCAAUCUGUCUCCCAACGGUCUUUACAACCCCCUGCAUUUUCAUCCCCACGUCGGCUACGAACUGCCAAAGAAUCGUCUCGUGGAAGUUUGUCAAAUCAAGACAGCUUCGAGCAACGAAAUCUUCCACCAACACCAGAUACUUUCACCAGUGAUACAUUACGGAAUUUACAAAAGUUGCAGGGUGAGCGAUCGGCCUCGGAAAACCCCCCCACAAGGGAAGAUAGCUUUCUAAGUGGUAAGGCGUUGUUCCCGCCUGGUUAUCCUUCUCGUUCUCGCUAUCCUUCAGAUUCCAGCAGUCGGCCCCGCAGUGCUGGCGAGACUAUUAGAAGUCGACGCGAUGGACAUGGAUGGGAAGCGGAGGCUCAAGGUGAUUUCGCAGAGACGGCCAGUAUUUCAAGUGCAUCAAGUAUGUAUAAUGGACCCGGAACUCAAAGUCGAAAGCGCGUGGUCACCCCAGAUCUAUUUACAUUUGGCAACCAAGACAGAGAAUGGGGACCUGAAGCCACAUACAACACUUCGGCACACGUUCCACAUUCUUCAAAUGCUGCUGCAGAUCAAUACAGAGCUGCUCGCCGAUCCAGCAUGUUUGAGCACCCACAGAGUGACGAUCCCGUUCUCCCAAGAAGCGCCAGAAUAACCGACCUGAGCAGCAGCGGAACCGUCUCCCCACCUGAUCGUCACUCCUCGCUCUCGGCAGCUACCAAGCUAAAGAAGAACCCACCGAAUGAUCCACCUACUCCAACCCAACCAUCUCAGCAGCCAGCAGCAGCUUCACCGGCAAAGAGUUCCAAAAUCUCCCAAUUAUCUGGCAAGUUAUUUGGAAGAGGUGGCCGGUCGGAGGUUUGCCCUGGCUCUCCGAAUAAAGCUCAAGGUUUCCGAACUCCUCUGAGUGAGGAGUUUGGCGAGGAAGCUAGAGCUACGCCACCUCCCAUCAGACGGAAUCGUACUUCUAUGCCUGCGUCUGUAACUCUGGGUGGUGGUGAAGCACGACCUACUACUGCCGCGGGGUUUGGACCCGGGCGACGGGCCACGGACUUUUCCGCUUAUGACGGGAUUGCUGAGAAUGGGCAGGUAGUUAAUGGUACUCCUGAUGUGGAGAGUAGUGAGGGUAAGAAUUCGCCGCUUAGUGGUGGGAUGGGGAGGAAAUGGUUUGGGAUUGGACGACCGGGGAGUGGGAGUGUUUCAAGGAGGCAUUAGAUGAACCGUUUUGUCUGAAUUGGUUGGAUGUUCUUCGAACCCACAGAUGAGCAGUCGAUGAGAUGUUUAUGUGUUUUUGCAUGUCGCUGGAAAAGGAAGGUUAUUUAUGAAAAUGGGGUCUGGUCUCGGUUGGUUGGGGCUGGGGCUGGGGUUUGCCUCUUUACGAUCGUUUUUUUUUAGCGUAUGGUUGGGUCAGGUUACAAAAUGGGAUAGGAAUCAUAGGAUGGUGACUUCGGCCUUGAUCAAUGAUGAUGCCCUGAAGUAUUUUGUUUUUCUUUCUUUUUUGCUUUCGUUUCCGAUACUGUAUCAUAGGAUUUGUUAUGUUACAUACCCUUUGCAGUUUGGUUUGAUUUGGUCUCUUCGCUCGUUUUUUGUAUGAGUUGAUAGGUGGAUGAGAUGGAUGGGAAGCCCUUUUUUUGUUGGUGAGCGAGGAAGAGGUGGAAGUGGAGCGAGGCGUAAGAACGUGCAUGUGGAGGAAAUAGUGGAAAUGAAAAUUCUUGUGUAUUUUCAAAU